GCAUACCAGCUUCACAUCCGGCCCGGAGGACGCAAGGCUCGUGUUUCUGGGGGAAGAUUUAGCGGCAGAACAGGAAGUUGUCAACUGACUCCUCCCUGCACACCCGGAACUGUCACACACAUUGCUGCAGCUGCUGCAUCUUAUGUACUAUGGUAUCUCAGUGACAUGCUGAGGACACGGCUACUAUGGCUGACACGUCUUUCCGGCGGGAGCUGCGCGCUCUGCGCUAUGUCCAGCGAGGGGACGUUCUGCGGCUGAAGUCUUACAUUCGUCGCCACCGGCACCUGCAGCUGGAUCAGCCACUGCCGGGCGGACGGAGCCUCCUGCAUGCUGCGUGCUCACGCUGCGAUGAUGCCUGCGUUCUGCUGCUGCUCCGCAAAGGAGCUGACCCCAUGCAGACGGAUGGUGCUGGCAAUACUGCUCUGCAUAUAGUAGCCAGGGAGGUGGAGAAAGGGGAAUGGAGAGUGUACACAGACUUGGUGGUCCCAAUAUUGAAACGCUGCCCGCAGUCUAUGGAUGCUCCUAAUCAUCAAGGAAUCACUCCCCGCAGCAUCCUGAGACUGGCUGAAGACUGCAUGCAAAGAAAUUCUCAACAUAACCCACCUACUUCUGAGGCUCAGACCGGAGCCCCCUCUACAGACUGGAGAGAUAAACUCUUGGCGGAGAGCAUGGAUGAAUACCAAGAAAGUUACGGCCAGUAUGAAGAGGAUUAUUCAGAUCCAGUUAUUGAAACGGAGACUUUUGAGACUUUUGAGUCCUGGGCUGAUCGGAUCUACAGAGAACACCAGGCAAGAAGGCGCCAGUCUGAGCGUCCGCGUGCAAAGACAAAACGCGUCUUCACGGAGGAAACAUCAGGAGCAGAAGAGGAACAAAGGCACGUAGAAAGUCAGCAGCGGAUGGAGAAAGAACUGCGCCAGGCGCAGAGUGAGCGCUAUCAGAGGAAAUGCCAGGAGUUCUUUCAGGGAGCCGGUGCAACGGUGGACACUGACCUGCAGCAUGGCAGUAGCGGAGGAAAGAGAACCAUGAAAGACGCUGCGCCAGAGAGUGAAAGUGGCGAUGCCAGUGUGGAGAACACGGUCGUAGGUACAGGUAUGCGUUUGUUGGGUUAUAGCGACAUCCCGUGGCCUGUGCUAGGUGGCACUGCUAAACAGAUGGCACAGGCUAUAGCAGCGGGUGCUGACUCAUCAGAUGCAACAUCAUAUAAACGCUACCUACGGGCGCAGAGGGUGACAUGGCACCCGGACCGAUUCAUGCAGAGAUGCGGGACUCGUCUCCACGCCAAGGACCGGGAACGUGUGCUGGAAACCGUUACGGCCCUGUCACAGGAGCUGAACAGGCUGACAGAGCUGGCGCAGUAAUAUACACGGAGCUGCCAGUACCCAUGCCACUGCCAUGAUACCUCUGAGCAUGUUUUCAUGCGUCUAUUCCAGGCUGUUGUUGUUAUAACCUUAUUCAUAGAGUAACUGUGCUUUACGGAGCAAUAAAAAAAUACCGAGUAAUAACUAGACAGUAAGUUUAAAAUAAAUAGAAAUGAGUGCCAGGUUUACCAUCCUACAGUGAAUAGUAAAUAUCCGUAAAUGCAAUAUGUCUUAAUUGGCAAUAUAUUGCAGCGUGUUUGGGCUGAGAAAGCUGCAGUUCACGGUGACAGUGCGGUCUGGGUCCAUCAGAACAAAUGACAAAUCGUUUGGUCAGUGACUGCCUGUUAGUAUGAAUGUGCUCAUUCCGGCGUGCUAAUAGUGCCCUUUUGUAUCCGGCUGCUGGUUUGGUUAUACACAUAUGCACAUGUAUGGCCAAAUGUUCAUAUUACAGUUACUAGUAUUUUGUACUGUGGGAUAACAUACUGUAUGUAAUGUGUUUGCUAAGGGAAGAGCGCCACCUAGUGGAUAUUGGCAUGCAUUACACUCACUGCUUUCAGCACAAUUAUUAGGAGGGCAGAAUAUACUCAUUGUUGGCUUGAGAAAGGAGGAUAGAGAUCUUACCAUAUGAACCUUGUAAAGCAUGACGCGGGCAGCCUGUUCUCGGCACUAGAGUUCCCCUUUUUUUAGUAUCUCUAUCUCCUCGCAUGGAGAUAGUGCGGCAGCGUUGUGUGGCUGUCUCCUGUAGUUACAGUGGAUGGCUUGUAGCCUCCUUUCAGCUCCACCUCACCCUACCUAGAUGGCUGCUGUGUAUGGGUUUGGUUCGUGUCCUACACUCUAGAAGCCAUUGUUCCAGAAGCAGCACUGAUGGGAUCUAAUGAGGAAGAAGCAGCUGUGUGCAAGUUAGACACUCUGCUCUACAAGCUGUGGCCUUGAAUGUAUAAUCAACUCAAACUAGCGUGAUGUAGGUAUCCACACACACACACACACACACACACACACACACACACACACACACACACACGCUUGUAGGAGUAUUAAUGGGGGCUCCCUCGAAAACAAUUUACAGUUAUAUAUUGUAUUUGCACACAGCCGACUCAUUGUUAUUGGAACUCUUCAUUGCCCCUAUAUCAAUGUGUACGG